AUGGGUGGGUGGGUGAGUCGACACUUUCUGUUUUCUUCUAUAUUGUCUGUUGAGUGUCUGGACCUGUGCUGGGCAUGUCCUACUUGUCAGGACAUGGUUAUCAUUGUCCAAAUGCCUCACAGGGAUUGUACAUUACACUUAAUGGAAACGAAUAUGUCAUCGGCCCCUGGCAGGCUUUUAGGUGUUAUGGUUGAAGACUGGGAGAUUCACUCCAUGGUGCCAGUGCCAUGCCUUGGUCAUAGUUGGCACUCAGCAUUGAGUGACCUUCACUACAGUGGGGGAUCUGAGGGAGAGGGUGUGGGGUCCCUUUGGACAAGGUGUUCAGGGAUGGCUUCCAAGUCAAGUGACAUUAUUGUAUCAGAAAUGUAUGACAUGAAAGAUCCAAACAUGCAGAGAUUUGGGAGAGAAGUAAUGGGCGCAGGAUGA